UUGGUAAAAUUAUUGUGAUUUAUGUGUUUUAUUUUAUAAUUUCCAACAAUGUUUCUUUAAAGCUGCUGUUAUCUUAUUGUUUUAUGAUUGUUGACUAAUUAUGUUGUCUGGUAUUUUUUUUUUCUGACACAACAAUCUUUCUGCCCAGUCUGACAUAUGGUUUCAUUUACUUUCCUAACACCAAAGACCAUGUGCAGACUGGUUGGCUUACUGUCUGUCUGGUAAAGUAGAAGAUAGUGGGGCGUUUUGUAUUCUGUGGUGUGCGGUUUUCGUGCUGACGUUGAAGAAACUGACUGGUUUGACACCCAUAAGACGUCACAAAGCAUCUGUACUUAAAAGUCAACCUUUGUAUCAAAGUUAAACAAAGCCUCUGGAACAUUUUCACUCCGUUUACAAAAAUAGACGACGGAGUUGAGUGAGCUGCGACUCUCCCUCUUUGUCUCACUGUGCACCUGCAUGUACUGUGAGCAGUCCCGACCUGUCGGAGAGGUGCUGUGCUCGGUCACUGUGCUGCACUGCAGGAACCCAUGGCUUCAGGCCCUCCGUCUCCCCUCUUAGGCUUCAGGCUCAGGCUGUUAGAGUUUGUAAUUGGGGCUGUGCUGCUGAUGCUGGUGUCCGGGAUUGGGCCAACAUCUUGUCAGAAGAUAUACACCAACACAUGGGCUGUUCACAUACCUGGAGGUCAGGAGGAAGCAGAUCGAGUUGCCGAAAAACAUGGCUUCAUCAAUAACGGACAUGUAUUCGGCGAUUACUAUCAUUUCCGUCAUCGCACAGUGGUAAAGAGAUCCUUGUCAGAUCACCGGGGGACAAAAGUUCGUCUACUAAGGGAUCCCAAGGUGUCUUGGGCAGAGCAGCAGGUUGUCAAACGGAGAAUUAAAAGGGAUCUCUCGGAUGAACCUUCAGAUCCAAAGUUCAAAGACCAGUGGUACCUUUACAACAACAACCACCGGGACUUGAAUGCCAAAGCUGCUUGGCAGUUGGGCUACACAGGCAAAGGUGUGGUGGUGUCCAUUCUGGAUGAUGGAAUCGAGAAAAACCAUCCUGACUUAAUGCAGAACUAUGACCCGGAUGCUAGCUAUGACGUGAACGACGGUGAUCCAGAUCCUCAGCCUCGAUACACACAGCUUAACGACAACAGGCAUGGAACACGAUGUGCAGGAGAAGUGGCAGCAGUGGCCAGUAAUGGAAUCUGUGGAGUCGGGGUGGCCUACAAUGCAAAGAUUGGAGGUGUGCGUAUGCUGGAUGGUGAAGUGACCGACAUGGUGGAAGCCCAGUCUCUCAGUCUAAAUCCUCAGCACAUCCACAUCUACAGCGCGAGCUGGGGCCCAGAGGACGACGGCAAAACAGUUGAUGGGCCUGCCAAACUCGCCAAGGAAGCCUUUUUGCGAGGAGUCACGGAGGGUCGUGGCGGUUUGGGCUCCAUCUUUGUUUGGGCGUCAGGGAAUGGAGGACGGGAGAAGGACAGCUGCAACUGCGACGGCUACACCAACAGCAUCUACACCCUCUCCAUCAGCAGCUCCACACAGAAUGGCAACGUCCCCUGGUACAGCGAGGCCUGCUCCUCCACCCUCGCAACCACUUACAGCUCAGGCAACAUCAAUGAGAAACAGAUCGUGACUACAGACCUGAAAUCGAAGUGCACGGACUCUCACACCGGCACGUCUGCAUCCGCCCCUCUGGCUGCAGGGAUCAUUGCGCUCGCCCUUGAAGCCAAUCAAAACCUAACUUGGAGGGACAUGCAACAUCUGGUUGUGCAAACUUCUCAUCCUGCUCACCUGCUUGCUAAUGACUGGAGAACCAAUGGUGUCGGGCGUAAAGUUAGCCAUUCAUAUGGGUAUGGACUGCUUGAUGCUGGUGCAAUUGUAUCGCUUGCAAAGACAUGGACCAAUGUGGGCCCACAGCGAAAAUGUGUGAUCACCAUGCUCACUGAGCCGAGGAACAUUGGAAACCAUUUAUAUAUCAACAAGAGUGUGGACGCUUGCAUUGGAUCAGACAGUUAUGUGACCUCGCUAGAGCACGUCCAAGCCCGGCUCACCCUGUCCUACAACCGAAGGGGGAACUUGGCCAUUCAUCUCAUCAGUCCUGCAGGCACUCGCUCCACCCUUCUCCACCCCAGGCCUCAUGAUUACUCAUCAGAGGGUUUUAAUGACUGGGCUUUCAUGACCACCCAUUCCUGGGACGAGAACCCCACUGGAACGUGGAGGCUGGAGAUUGAAAACGUCGUCGGUGCAAGUGACUAUGGCACUCUGACCCAGUUUGUCCUGGUGCUGUAUGGCACUGGCACUCCAACCACCAGCUCUCCCAAUGAUCCCCAGUCUACCAAUGACAACUGCAAGACCUUGGACUUGAGGCAGAUAUGCAUCGAGUGCAAUCCAGGGUUCUACCUCUACCAGCAGGGCUGCGUCAAAGAAUGUCCAGCAGGCUUUGCGGUGGGCUCCCAACCUCUCAACUACACUCUGGGAAACUUCAUUAAACCUGUUUCCGUCCCAGCCUGCCUGCCCUGCGCGCCGCCCUGCCUCACCUGCAGCAGCCUCAACCCUCAGGUCUGCCUGUCCUGCCCCCCUCACAACUCCUUAGAACCCGUCAGUGGUACCUGCCUGCACCUCAGCCACGCCAUGCGCGAGUCGCCCGGCGGCUUCACGGUCGGGCAGGGGACUCCGACGUCGCAGCUCGGCCCGAUCUCGGGGCUGCCCAUCACAAUCGCUGUGUUCAGCUGCAUGGCCAUUAUCGGCACCUUUGCUGGCAUCUUCCUGUUGCUGCAGCUGCGGUCGGGCGCGCUCAUCAAGCUGCCGUCUCUGGAAGCUGGAGGCAAAUUCAGCUUAGGAGGGAAUAGGGUGGUGUCUUACCGCGGCAUCCCGACGGUGUGGGGGGACGAGGGGUUGAACACUGACUCUGAAAACGAAGAGUUUGAUGUCCAAAAUGAGAGAACUGCCUUUAUCAGAACACAAAGUGCUCUUUAAUGCCUCCCUUUGUCCCUCCCUCUCUCCUGCUUUUAAAAUCCUCUCACCCUCAUUUGUCUGAUGAUUCAGGGCUUUGGGAUCUGUUCUCUUUUUUUUUUUUUUUAUCAGAUCUUCUCUGUGUCCCAUUCUGGGACCCGCUCCUCAACCUUGCUGUGGAAGACCUAAUGGGAAGCUGUUGUCUGUCAGAGAUGAGGAUGGCUUGAGCUUUGCUUUGUUCACACUAGGGUGCAUUUCUAUUUACAUUAAGUGGCUAUUUACUUCCUUUUGCCCCAAGUCACUAACGUCUGUCUGCCUGGAGUCCAUUUUCCUGCCAGCUUCAGUUUCUUUGCGUGUCAGUAAACAAAUGAAUUCGUUUUUUUCAACUUUAACCCUCCUUUCUUUUAGUCUCAGUGCAGUAGCCAGAUGAGAUUGUUGAAUGUGAGCUUCGGGGGUGUGAGCAUUUUUGUGUACAUAUCAGAACAAAUGCCUUCGCUUGAAAAUACUCGGGCAUCCCGACCCAGCGAGCUUUGAAAUAUAUACAGCAAAAGCUAAGGUUUAGUGUUUUAACCCAAAGUUAUUUCAAAAUAAAAUUUGUAAUGAGGUUGUGGAGUUCAAAAGAAAACAUUUCUUCUGCACGCUUAAGUGAGUAACCAGGAAAUCUGCAUAAAAAUACUUUUUUUAAAUAAACGAAAGAUCCACAAAUGAUACGUAUUCAGAUUGACGACCGCAUCCCCAAUCAGAGGAACAAGGAUCUUUCUUUAAAGUCUGUCAUCCUUCAUUUUAUUAAAAUGGCACUAUUUAACUCACUUUUUAAAAGUCAUUCUGUUUGCUCUGGCUCAACAAAGUCAAAUCUUCCCUCUGCAUGUUGGAUUCAACUUUAAUUCAACAACUCUUUAGCUUCAUCAAACUCUAAAUCCUCAUGUGCUUCUAACUUCUGAACCAGCACAGGGAAAUGUAUCUGAAAGUAAACGACAAAAGUCUAAAACUAUCACAUACGUGUUUCUUGGUCAACCCUGAGGCAAAAGCCUUCCAGGGAUGUUUAAUGUCAGCGUCUGAUGUCCUCACAUCCUGAGGUUGAGACGGGAAGCAGCUAAGAUCCAGGCGUGUGUGUCUUUUAAAUGAGCUGUGACUGAUUUCUUGACAGAAUGGACGUGGUAAGCGUACAUGAAAGUCCCAGCACAUCAGCAUUAGAAACCCGCCGCGUGUCUUAAUGAGUCAGACACAGGUUGUGGGUAUGGGUUUGUUAGUUUGCUUGUUUGUUUUUCCUUCUGUGUGAAGGUUUUUUAUCCCGUCAGAUCUCCAGCAUAGUUAAAAGAUCCCGGCUCACAGUGCCUCCUCACUUACCCUCCAGCUGAAUCUCCAGAUAAUCUCUUCAGCACACUUGGCAAUUAAACCCCCAAAUGAUGCUGCUGCAAAUUUCUUCUGAAAGAUUUUGAUCGCACGUGCAGGGAAUGGAUUGUUCUCUCUUUUCCUCUGCUGGUUAUCAUCUGAAAUAUUCUUCCACUGUUGCCACUUUUCUUCCACAAAUCUCCUUCUCUUCUUCUGAGAUUUUUCCCUUUUUCUUUUCCUUUUAAUUUUGAGCACAAAAAGAGCGGAGCUUGCUGAGAGAGGUUGUCAUGGCGAUGACGCGCACAGAAGACUGCAGCUGCUCAUCCUUUUAUCUACCUCUCUUACAGCAAGUUUUCACUCAUCGUAGGGGGAAAUGUUCAACGAUUAUAGAGGUCAAGCUGCGUUGGGGGUUAAAAAGCUCCUUGGGAAAUUUUUGGAGAAUCGACCCACUGCAGUUCAGAAAGCUGCUGUGUAAGUUUCCCAAAUCUCUGAAAUAUACUAUCUGCAAGGAGCAGCAUUAAUACGAGGUCACAUCUGGCUUUCAAAACCAGCUAGUGGGUGGAAGACUCAUCCAUAGACCUUUUAGCAAUUAAUCAUCAAUCAUUGUAGUUGCUAAGACGACAUAAAUGCUUAUUUUUUAAAUCUGGGACUUGAGGUUGUUUCAUUGAGCUGAGGCUUUCUUGCUUUUUGUGUUCUUGUCAGAGACAAUCAGUUUCCCUGUCUUCAGAGCAAAAAGGUGCAGAGGAGCACAAAAAAAGAGAAUUUAGCUGGUAAUUGAGCUGCUUUGUUAAAGAGCCUUUAAAGGCUUUAUUCUUAAAUAUGCAUUGAAUGCAAUAGGACGUUAGGCAGUAAAUUGCAUCAAAGGCAAAGUGUAAUGCGGUAAAACCUGAUUGUCAGAGCAGUACCUUCAUUAAUCCCUCCUCAGAGGAAGGAAGACCCAUUCUUCUAGAUGCUGUCAAAGCAGCAGCGAGCCGUAGAAUCCGUCAGCAGGUGAAGCAGCAUUUCCUACAAAAGGAAGCGGCUCUUAAAUGUGGAUUUGGAGGAGAUGCCCUCAAGAGCAGCAAAGUUGCUGUAAUCAUCAUCUGCUGGAGAAGUUUGCUCACGCUCAUUAGUGCCUAUUUCCAUUUAAAUGUCGAUUGGUCCCAAUUUAAAGAGUUUUAGUUUAACUCCCGUCUCAAAACUUCAGCUACAAAAUCUUCCCGACUUCAUAGCUUAGUGCGGUGGGUGUAAACAAAAGAUAAUGAGGUAAUGCAACAAACUCGCCCCCUAAUUUUUGAUCUUCUGAAGAAAAGAAAACUCUUCAAACGCAUCAUCGCUUACUGUUUUUGGCACCCACAAAUGGAAACUUGAUGCUUUCACUGCAAGGUUAAAACAUGAACUUCUUUGCAUUCACUUUUAAUGAAAUCCUGAAUGUAGACUUUAUGAAGUAGCUUGUGCUUCCAAAGCUGCAGAAAACUAUAAUGAGCCAGCUCAUUCCUUACACUACGAGCACCUGAUCGAGUCCACUCACAAAGAAGAAGAAAAGUGCUCUAAUUGUGCCAGAAAGCAGCUCUUGUCAGACCAUUACCUGUCAAAGGUCUGCUUUUUUUUCUUUUUUUUUUCUUUCUAUAAGUGUCUGAGCAGGAGACGCUGUGAUGUGGAUCUCGAUUUUACUCCUGUUUCCAACGCCGUCUGAAGCUGGAUGUAGUUGAUUGCAGCAAUAUCUUUGGCAUAACCAAAGACAAUCAUUUUAAUGCUGUCUGUUUAGUGAUGGAGGAUGUUGCUUUCAGGUCGCCUCAGUCCAUCGUUUCCCUUCGCUCAUCUUCAAAGUGUUCUAUCGAAAACGUAUCUGUCAUUUCUGCCUUUUUUUUUGAGGGUUUGCUGUGUGUGGGGGGAGUAGAAUGUAUCACCGUUACCUUAAGGGCUGAAUCAGAUCUGCGUGCACAUGCUUGCUAAAGUAGAAAUGAAACACUUGGAGAUGGAGGGCCUGUCAGCCGAGCAGCUUCAGUCAGCUCCGCUGAUCUCUUCUGGCCUCUUGGUGAGGCUCCUGACCUGUGGCUGCACAAAGUACCUUACAGAUUUGUGAUUAAUGUACAAAAAUGAAUAUCUUAAAUGGGACAUGACUCUAAAAUAAGGCCUAUUUUUGUACUAUAUGAAUGGUGCAGUGUAAUUUUCUUGUAAUUUAAAUAUUUUCUCUUGUUUUUUCCUUUUUAUUUAAUUGAUGUCAAUUAUAGAUUCUACUAAAAAAAUAAAGAUCUAUGCAAAUUUAA